GACAAGCUAGCACCAUGCGGAGACUGCGACAAAUGGCAUAUUCCAGCCUGUCAACACACCCUUCCUGACACCCUCCUUCUCAUAGCUGCGCACAAAAGAGACCUUCGCGAUUUUCCAAUCACAGCCUGUUCCUGAACCCCUCACCACCGGUGCCAAUUGCACACACAGCUCGCCCUGCAAAGCCGCUGAUCCGGAACCCGACGAGCGAUUAGUUAAAAGUACGGCAGACUCUUGACCUUCUUGACGAUGUCUCGCCUCAUCCGCCCCCAACAACUCUUCACCAUGCGUCGCACCGUCCCUUCGGGCACGCGAAUCGCAUCUGUCCGAAGAACCUACCACGCUUCCGCCCCGCAGGGCUAUCCGUACAAGGACAAUCAGGACAGGGACUCUCUAAGUCCGCGGAGCACGGAGUACAGCCAGUCCGAGUCGGACGACGCAGCGGCGGCGCAGGGGGAGGCGUUUGACCCACAAAAGACAAGUCCCGAGUCGCAGAAGAAGGCCGCGGGGAAUCAGCAGCAGACGGGUGGAAACCCGUUAGAGAUGAGUCCCGCGAACCAAGAAUCGAGCAAGGCGCGCGACCCACAGGAGGGAGGGCCGACGCGUGCACCGGGCGAAGGUGAGGGGAGCAGAGACCGCACGAGCACCCGGGCAAGCCCCAAGAAGUCUGGCGGUGGCCUAUAUGGCGGCUCAUAAUAGUAUGCGAAGGAGAAGAGGAUGGCCUAGGAUCACGGAUGAGAACCGCCAUGUAAAAAUAGGUGAUCACGGGCUCGAUUUUCGGGUUCAAGAAAGGGCCAAGACUCUGUUUAUAUUGCCAAGUCAACUGAGCAAUGAAGCAAAGGGAAAUGGAAUACAGUCUACAACAUAGUGUUUCCGCACACGUCCAAGGUGCACACCAGCAAGUUCUCAGCACGCACAAAAAGAUGUCGUCCAACUUUUGAAGUCAGAAGAAAAGCUAAUACACUUCCAACACAUAUCUGCCCUGGUCCUUCAACUCUUCGAUGGCCCUUCGGCUGUCAAUCUUCUUCGUGACGCCUCGGCUCCUCUCCUCGGUCUCGAAGGCCUCCUGCAACACCUCCGUAACAUCGGGAACAGGCCAGGUCGGUCCGCACAGUCUGCCGCAUGCGGUCCUGGAU